AUGGUUGUCUUUGCCGCUUGCCUUCUGACAGUCUGGGGGAUAAUACAGCAGCUGGAAGCGGGGGACAUUUUGAACUGCAUGCCAAGAAAAACGGUGACAUACCAAUAUCAUGUGAUCCACAGUGGCUCCCAAAGACCUUGCAAAGAUCUUGCAAAUGAGAACUGGAUUUCUGCAGAGGACAGGGAGCUGGAAUGCCUCCGUAGAGGAAAGAGCAAAGCAGAAUGUCAGAAUUACAUUCUAAUCUUGCAUAAGAUAAAUGACACCAGUUUGUAUGUGUGUGGAACAAAUGCCUUUCUUCCAGCCUGCGAUUACAUGGUCAUUAACAAUGGAAAGUUAAGGCUGCAAGGAAAAGCUGUGGAAAGCAGAGGAAACUGUCCAUUUGAACCCACCCUGAAAUAUGCUUCUUUAAUGGUUGGUGGUGCACUUUAUUCAGCCACUUCCAACAAUUUCUUGGGUACAGAGCCAAUUAUACUUCGAAGUUUGAGGAAUCCUUUAAGAACUGAGUUUAAAGCACUGUGGCUCAAUGAGCCCACCUUCGUUCACAUGGAUCUCGUACCAGACAGCAGCACAAGUACAGACAGAAUUUAUGUGUUCUUCACUGAAACUGCCAUUGAAUUUGAGUACUAUGACAAGAUUCUGGUCUCACGAAUUGCCCAGAUCUGCACAAGUGAUCUUGGUGGAAAGCGUGUAUUGAAAAAAAGAUGGACUUCAUUUUUAAAGUCCACCCUUAUCUGUUCUGUCCCUGAAUUGGAUUUCCAGUUCAACAUCAUUCAAGAUGCCUUCGUGCUCAAAGCUGCCGACGGACGUGAGACCAUCUUUUAUGGGAUUUUUACCCAGCAGUGGGGGAAGCUGGACAUUUCAGCAGUUUGCGCCUUCAGCAUGGAGUCCAUUCAAGACAUCUUUCUGAAAGGAAGCUACAAAGGCCCUCUCUCCAUGGAGCACUCCCAUGUGAAAUGGGUGCUAUACAGGGGAGAGGUGCCCAGCCCUCGCCCUGGUGCUUGCAUUGAUGUUUCUGCCCGUAACCAGGGAUACAACUCUUCUCUUGACUUGCCGGAUAGAGUCCUACAGUUUGCCAGAAACCACCCCUUGCUGGACGAUGCUGUGACUCCAAUUGACUAUGGGCUAGUGUUGCUGAGAAGAGGCACAAAAUACACACGACUCGUGGUAGACCGAGCUUUCAGCUUAGAUAACUCAACAUACGACAUCCUUUUUCUAGGGACAGAUAGGGGCUACUUGCAUAAAGCUCUCAGUUGCCAUGGGGAGAUGUUCAUCAUAGAAGAGAUACAGCUGUUUCCAACUCCAGAGCCUGUGCAGACCCUGAAGCUGGCUCCCAAAAAGGGCCUGUUGUAUGCAGGGUCUGCCUCCCGGCUGGUGCAGCUCCCUGUUGCGACCUGCUCCUGGUAUGAAUGCUGCUUUGAUUGCGUCUUGGCAAGGGAUCCUUACUGUGCAUGGUCCCUGCCUCUCCACAGCUGUGUCCGGGUGGCCGACCAACCUUGGAGUUCUCAGGAUUUGAUUCAGAGUGUCAGCAACGGUGAUGCCACUCAGUGUCCUAAAGAGGAACAGAAGCUCAUAAGGUACCCGCUCAUCCUUGGCAGCAGCCUGCACUUGCGGUGCACCUCCAUUUCCAACCUUGCAAGCUCCAUAUGGAUGCUGAACCAGAGCCUCUUGCAGGCAGAAGAGGGCAAGUACUUCUUUCACGCAGAAGGGUUGGUCAUAUUCAGCGUGACGGUUGCUGAUGCCGGGCUUUAUGAAUGCCAGUCAGUUGAAAAGGCUAACAGGAAAGAAUUCCUUGUAACUACGGUUGCUUAUCUCCUCUACCCUCAGCCAGAGAAAGAUUUUCUUGUCCCCAAGCAUGGUUCCUCCCACCAGACACGUGGUGAUUUAGCAGUUACAAAUAGUAGUCGGUCCCUGGCAGUUCCUGAGAGGGAAGAGCCAGCAAGACAAGAACAGAUCCAAGGACCCUCCUUUAUUUUACUGGUUUGGGGAUCUCUCUUUGCCUUCCUUUUCCUUUCUUUGCUGGCAUGGAAUGUUUACAAGGGGCACCUGUCACUGCCCUGGAAAACGAGAAACAGGAGGCCAGCAAUGGCCAACACAGAUGGUUUGGCAGGUCCUGAUCUUGGCCUGGGACAGCGGGACUCCGCUCAGAAAAGCUCAGCAGCACAUGCCGCCUCCUCCACCACUAGUGAGUCAGCCCCACUGGUGAGCUGUUCUGAAGUGGGACGCGGUGCGAAGGUAAAACGUGGCACCAGCCCCACCAUGGGGCCGAUUGUCUGCAGCUCUCCAAAUGGCCUGGUCACGGAGGAAUCCACGUUUCCUGAAGUAUGAAAGUGCUGGUAAGGGAAGUUCGGCAGCCUCUAAUUCCAGUGCCCUGAUGUCAUGCCCGUCUCAGCUUCUAGUUGUGUGUGUUUUCAGUUCAGCCUUCCCCCCCUCCCUUUUGCAGAGGGCUUUCAGAAAUAAA